AUGGCCAACUUAAGACAACAACCUUCAUCCUUUCGACGUUCGCUCCUCGGGUUUCUCCAGGCGGUGUUUGCCAUUGCUCUGUUUGCCAUCUUCGUCAUCGUCUGGACUUAUGCCGCCGCUCUAGUCCCAGCGGUGUGCAUUCUAGCGGUGCUCUUCAUCGGCGCCGGAAUCAUUCUCAUGACGAGAGAGCAGAGGCAAGAGAGGAACAGUGCUGUCUAG